AUGGGCUCGCCGUCGGCUCCGCCCGCUCUCCUCCUCAGCUUCCUCGCGCUGCCCUACGGUAGCAGCAGCAGAAGAUCCCUCUUCCUCAACUCGAAGCAGAGGCUGCAGCGAUUGCCUUCACCAGGAACCGGUCGCCGUCACGUGGCGGCGGCGGCGGUGGACAAGCUCGCGCCCCGGCCGCCGGAGGCUGGCCGUCUUAGGUGGAAGUACCGGCUAGCGUGCCGCGGGUCCUACGAUUCAGGAAACGGGCUUCCCGGGCCUCCUCCUCCGCCUCCUUCCGAGCGUGGAUGGGUGGCGUCCUGCCCUUCGCCGAUGGGAUGUGCCAUGGCAGUGGCCAACCGUGUCCCUCACCAUGGUGGCCUGUGCACUAAGACAGCGCUCUUUUGGCAGGAAAGUAGUGUGACAGCAGUUGCCAUUGGAGUUAUAUUUGGCAUCACCAAUACCUUUCGACCAUUCUCGGAUGACAUAUUUCGUUAUGAUUUUAAGGAACCAUUUAAGCUGCAAAACGGCUGGCUCCUGUGGGCUGGAAUUGGCCUCUUUUUUGCUCUAGUUUCCAUUUCUUUAACUGGAGCAGUGAUGACCUUUCUGAAUGGUGAAACCACACAGAGAGAGACUGACUCGCUACUUCUUCUAUUGCCACUGAUAGGCUCGUCGAAUAUCAGCACUGCCUGUCUGCUGGGCAUCACUGGGGUUCUUGCACCAAUUUUGGAGGAAACUGUAUUUAGAGGAUUUCUAAUGGUAUCCUUGACUAUGUGGUUUUCUACGCCAGUAUCUGUUCUGAUCACAGCUGUGGUGUUUGCCUUUGCUCAUCUUACACCAGGAGAGUUUCCCCAACUUUUUGUGCUUGGUGUGGCACUGGGAUUCUCAUAUUCUCAAACUCGGAAUCUUCUUACUCCUAUCACAAUUCAUGCUGCUUGGAAUUCCGGAGUAAUAUUGUUACUAACCUUUCUUCAGCAACAGAUAAACUGGAAAUCUUAUGAAUGGCUUAUUGAGCAAAGGCAACAGACACAGAGGAGCAUAUGUCCUCUGGGAAGGUUUCCUACGCCAGUAUCUGUUCUGAUCACAGCUGUGGUGUUUGCCUUCGCUCAUGUUUACACCAGAAGAGUUUCCCCAACUUUUUGUGCUUGCUGCAUGGAUAUGAGAUCAAGGAGCUGCUGCAGGCAUCUUGAAGAUCCCGGCAAGGAUGGCGGCGGCUCGUGCACGAGGGAUGAAGGUCUUCGACCAGAUCUGGGUGAAAACCUGCUAUUGGCUAUUGCCAAGGCCGACGAUGGCGAGGCUGUCCGCGUCGUUCCCUUCCCGAAGGCAUCGCCGAGGAAAAGUUCAAGGCCACUCUCUGCUACCUCCGGGGAAAAUCCUAGAUCAGUAGAUUGGAUGACGGCGGCUCUCUGGUGUCGUUUCCCCCUUGGGGGUGUCAUUCUUGGAGGUGCACACGGGCUCGAGGGACCAGAGGACGAUGUCUUUGGUGGAGCGAGAGGCCUGGAAAGGUUGGUGCUUCAGUUCUGCUCUGAGGAUGGACCGAGGGAUGAUGGAGGUGACGGCCCUUGCAGCGUGCGGUGCUCAUUGGGAGUGUGCCAGAUCGGCGUGGGACCCAAUCCAGGUUAUUUUCAAAGCUAUGGCAUAAAUCCGUACGUGGUUGCUACUCAUUCCUACGGGCUCCAGGGAGCAUUUGGCUACUGGGUGCAACCGAUGGGAGAUGGUCGCACGGGUUAUCUUCAACCGGUUUGGAUGACGGUCGUAUAA